UGCAUGUUUCCAUGCAAUUCAGUAUAUAUGAGAACAUCAUAAGAAUCACUCACAUUCACUUCACCUUUCAGCUAAACCACCAUUACAUUCUAUUUGUGUUAUAACUCCUCACUAUGGAAAGGAAAACACUCAGCUUUUUGUUCAUGCUCUUCCUUCUCUUAGCAGCUGAUUUUACGGUGAAGACAGCAGAGGCGAGAAAGUGUGUGUCUCAAAGCCACAGGUUUCACGGACCAUGUUUGAGGGACAGCAACUGUGUAACGGUAUGCUUGGGAGAAGGAUUCACUGGCGGCAAUUGUCACGGCUUUCGCCGCCGCUGUUUUUGCAGUAGGUUUUGUUAGUUCAAUAAUGGCAAUGCAAUAUCAUCACUUCAUCAAUCAUAAAUAAUAUGAUCUUUAAGUAUGUUCAGUUUAUGUGUAAUCAAUUUUAUGCAUGUUAUAUUGUAUAAAUAUGGUGCCAAGCUAUUAAUAAAUUUGGUAUUCCUCUUA